UACCUCGAGUUCUGACCGCAGCUCGGGCGUCGGGGCUUGACCGCUGCCAGAGUGACGUCUUGGGACUUUCUCUUCCCAGAUCUUGACAGAGCAGGGUCUGUGCUUCGCCGCCGGGAUGAAGCUGGUUCCCUUCGCCCUGAUGUACCUGGGCGCCUUAGCUUUCCUAGGCGUGGAGACUGCGCCGCUCGACGUGGCGUCGGAGUUCCGAAAGAAGUGGAAUCAAUGGGCUCUAAGUCGUGGGAAGAGAGAACUUCGGGGGUCCAGCAGCCAACCCGCCGUGGUCCCAGACUCGAAAUCCGGGCCCGUGCCGAUUGCCUCUCAGCCCCUAGACGAGAAGGACACCUCUAGAAAACCCGAGGCCAGCGGUCCGAACGUAGCCCGUCCCCGAGUCAAGCGUCAAGGACAGGGCAAGACCAGCCCGCGGGGCUGUCGCUUCGGGACGUGCACAAUGCAGAACCUCGCGCAUCAGAUCUACCAAUACACGGACAAGGACAAGGACAGCUCGGCCCCUCCGAAGAAACUUAGCCCCCAGGGCUACGGGCGCAGACGCCGACGAUCUCUGCCCGUAGCUGGCGAGCAACGACGGACUCUGCUGGUCCCGGAGUUAGCAGCGGGCAAACCCCAAACUCUUCGGGCACGUCGAAUGCUCAACAACUCCUUUUAG